AUGAGAUCCCACGCCAACCUUACCGUUGAGGUCGACUCCGUUGGCUCGAGCGAAUGUCCUUCCAUGGCUUCUUCGGGAUUCUCUCCUUUGGACUCGCCUACUCCGACCCCAACGAGCCUCUAUAGCCAGGGCUCUCUGGCUUCUCCUGGAUGGCCGGAUGGAAGCCACUUCCAGUCUCAUGUCUAUGACAGACCUACAGGAUCUACGCCUCUGCACAGUGCCUUUCGUCUUUCCGAAGUGACUUCCAACGACGGUAUGGGUAUGUCUUGCGGAAACAUGGACGCCCAGGAACGGAUGCCAAUGACCGACUAUCUCUCUGGCUACGAUGAGAGUGUCUUCAUUCCCUCGGACCUCCCCAAGACAUACGAUGGCACACAGCAUGGACUUUCUUAUCAGACUAUGAUGCCUCAAUAUCCCCUGAUGGCGCGCAACCCAUACCGCCACCAGCAGGCACCAUACCUUGCCGACCCGGUUACCAACCCUUCCUUAACGAGACCCAUCUUCGGCCAGCCAGAGCGCAUGACAAACACUAUGCCGAUGGGCGGCACGCUUCAAUGGAUUCCACCUGCUGAGCCAAUCCAGACCAUCCAGCCGUCGCAAGCCUUUCAAACACCAAUGACACCGCCGCCGUCAUACUCUGACUUCUCAACCUCGAUCAGUACUCCCAACCGGUCUUGCUCUCUGGGGACACCUUCCGGAACAGAGACCCCCAUGAGCCGCCUCUCCGGCGGCGCAGGUGACUACGAGGAAUACCCUAUGUCACCAGUAUACCGCGAUGCAUAUGCUGGUCCCCAGCGACACCAGUCGCGCAAGCCUUCUCGAAAACCAUCAAGACAGGACAUCCUGGAGCACCUGCCCCCUGUCAUCCGAACAGUACAGUUCAAGUGCAAGGAGCCUGGCUGUAAGGGACGAUUCAAGAGACAAGAGCACCUCAAGCGACACAUGAAGAGCCACUCCAAGGAAAAGCCCCAUCGUUGCUGGGUACCAGGAUGCGGCCGGGCCUUCUCCCGCAGCGACAAUCUCAAUGCUCAUUACACCAAGACCCACAGCAAACGCGGAGGACGCAAUCGCUAUGUUGCAACGCUAGACGAGAACAGCAUUGACUUUGAUCCCGAAUUCCGCGGACAGCUGACGCCGGAUGGGCGGCCCAUCCGCGGAUCACAGCUGGAGGCGCCUACCUAUGCUAGCCGCGAACCUAGUUAUGAUGAGGACUGGAACUAA